UAGUAAUUUAAGAAGUUUUUAAAGAUGAUAUUUUCCAUUACCAGCUUAGAAACAUUAAAAAUGGCAAAUUUCAUACCGUAUCUUGUACAAAGAUUAAAGGUUUGUAAAAAUCCGAGAAAUACUCUGAAAUAUGUUAAUGUGCUGACGAAUACCAAUAGAAGGUAUGUCUCUGCGUUACUUGCCUCUACUGACAAUAGGGGUAAAGAAAUCUUCUCAUUUUUGUCACCCUACCUGGAUAUUGACGAUAGAUUAUCAAAUUCCAAGAAGCUGCAGCAAGAUUUGAUAGUUCGCGGAGUUAACAUGAACGUAAACGAGAUCAAGAGUAUGUGGGAAUUUUAUAAAUCGAUCAAAGAAGAUAAGUACAGCCUAGAACUGAAAAGUAAUGAGAUAGUGAACGAGUUGAAACCUUUCUUCCAAAAGAAAGAUUUGACCCCUGAGGAGCAAACGAAGCUAACCAAAUUGACGCUACAGAUAAGAGCAGUAAAGCAGGACUUGAAAACGAUCAAAGGAACUCUGCAGGGUCUGAAUGAAAGUAUUUUGCAGAAAAUGUUGCAAAUACCAAACGAGGUGGACAAAAGAACACCGAUACAAGCUCCCGUUGUACUGAAGCGUGUUAAUCCGUUGAAUCAAAGUUCAGCUUCGGAAACGAGGAAUCAUAUAGAAAUAGGAAGGCGCCUUGGGUUAUUAGAAUACAAGAACCCCAUGCAAUAUUACUUGUGCAACGAUGCAGCUCUUUUUGAACUCGGCGUGUUAAACUACGCCGGAAAAGUGUUAAGCGCGGAUAAUAUGAUUAGAGUGGCGGGCGCGGAUUUCAGCCGCAGUUUGGUGGUAGACGGUUCCGGGUUGAAUCACGAGGAUCCCGCGGAUGCUUUCAUCAUAGAUAAUCACAGCGACGUGGACAAGGAAUCGCCGAACCGAAUGCAUCUCGUCGGUGGCGCAAGUCUGAUCUCGUUCUUGGCGAUGCACGCGAAACAACUGAUAAAUCCGAAUCACUUACCGGUAGCUUACUUCUCUACUGGAAGACAGUAUACUCCUUUUCGACCAGGGUCUACUCCCAUCGGCCUGUUCACCGUUUGCCAAUCAUCGGCUGCUCUCGCAUUUACCCUAGUCAAAGAUGGAAAUAGUCAGGAAUAUGAUGCGCAAUUUGAACGACUGUUGGCCACCGUGAGCAAAUUGUACGACAACAUAUGCGAUCACUAUCAGAUCGUGAUGAGGCCUGCUUCAGAACUCCGACCUUGGGAGGCGAUGCGCGUGUCCUUCGAGCUGUGGUCCUCGUUUUCGAAACAGUACAUCGAAGUCGGCCACGUGUCAGUCUGCGGAGAGUAUUUCAGUAAAAGGUUGCUGAUCGCGUAUCAAACACCCAAUGGAAGAGCGUUCCCUUCCGUAAUAUCUGGCACCAUAUUGUCUGUGCCACGUUUACUCGGUUGCCUUCUAGAGCAAAAUCCAGACAAAUUUGUUAUUCCGCCGAAAAUCCUCGAACAUUCGCCAAUGGACUUCAUCUCGCAUUAGGAAACUAGUGUCUUUGUAAAAAGUGACAAGUCUUGACAUGCAUACUUUUUGUACGUAUACGUGGUGUGUGGAUGUUCCAUUUGUUUCUACUAGCGGUUACUCGUAUGUGUAGAAUUUUGUGUACAUACUUUCUUCUGAAUAAAAUUCUUUGAGAGAUAGGUAAACAAUA